ACAAACACCAAGUCUCCAUUACCCCGUUCUCCUCCACAUCCCAUCUACUUGGUUGCUUCGCCCCUCUUUCUUCUCUUCUUCCUCGAACCUCAAGAAAGCUUUUCUUUUUUCUUUUAAAGUCAAUAAUCCUUUUGUCUUGCUAUAUCUAUUCAAUCCCAAAGAAAAGAUAUCGAAAUUGCAAAAAGAAAACAAGUUAUCAGACCAUAUGGGGAACUGCUUUGGUACUCAAGUUGAUCAUCAUAGCCAGCCACCCACCCCAGAAGAUACGAAGAAGCUAAAGGACAGCAGCAACCAACAUGGAGUGGUGCCACCUACAGGAAACAAAGAAAGCGGUGGCGGUGAAGGGAACGAAACAAGCAGUGGAAGAAGCAAGGAGGGCGAAGGAGGAGGAGUUCCGGCCAGUGGAAAGAUUGUGAGCACCACCUUGAAAAUAUUCACUUUGGCAGAACUUAAGGCAGCCACCAGAAAUUUCAGACCUGAUACGGUGCUGGGUGAGGGAGGUUUCGGUAGAGUGUUUAAAGGUUGGGUUGAUGAUAAAACCUAUGCUCCUUCUAAAGUCGGAGUUGGCAUCGCUGUUGCCGUCAAGAAAUCAAAUCCCGAUAGCUCUCAAGGCUUGCAAGAAUGGCAGGCGGAAGUUAAAUUCUUGGGCAAGUUCUGCCAUCCAAAUCUGGUAAAGCUGUUGGGAUACUGUUGGGAGGAAAAUCAGUUCCUGCUUGUCUACGAAUACAUGCAAAAGGGAAGCUUGGAAAACCAUCUCUUUAGAUUAGGCGGAGCAGAGCCUCUUACAUGGGAAACGCGGCUUAAAAUAGCCAUUGGGGCCGCCCAAGGCUUGGCUUUUUUGCAUACAUCAGAGAAGAGUGUAAUCUACAGGGACUUUAAAGCCUCCAAUAUUUUGCUAGAUGGGGCCUACAAUGCGAAACUUUCAGACUUCGGGUUGGCAAAAUUGGGUCCUAUAAAUGGCAAUUCGCAUGUCACCACACGUGUUAUGGGCACUUAUGGUUAUGCUGCUCCUGAAUAUGUUGCCACAGGCCAUUUGUAUGUUAAAAGUGAUGUAUAUGGGUUUGGAGUUGUGCUGUUGGAGAUGUUAACAGGCCUAAGGGCCCUGGAUACAAAUCGUCCCAGUGGUGAGCACAAUUUGGUGGAAUGGGCCAAACAUUCACUGACUGAGAAGAGAAAGCUCAAGAAAAUAAUGGACCCAAGGCUAGAAGAACAAUACCCAAUCAAAGCUGCAUUGCAAGCCGGUGAGCUUAUUUUAAAGUGUCUGGAAGCUGAUCCGAGAAACCGUCCAUCCAUGGAAGAGGUGUUGGAGACGUUACAAAAGAUAAAUGCAAUCGAUGAACAACCUAAAGAGAGUAAAGCUACCAAAUCUAAGCUAAAGGUUAACAAUCAUCGGUCUCCAGUGCAUUCUAAGCAAGGUGGUACCGGCAGUCGGAACACAAAUAAUCAUCGCCACUCUACAGCUAGGUCGCAUAGAUAAUUAGCAUUCCAGAGAUGUGCAUGUAACGCAUUGUAAUAAUGAUUGCUGCUGCUAUUAGCAAGCAGCUUAAUUUCAUAGAAUUCAGUUCCAAUAUAUAUAUGUAACUCUUUUUUGGACUCGUAUAUAGGCAAGCAAAGGAUAUGUGACAUACAAUUCCACUACAGGCGUUACUUGAGGCCAAGUUUUAUGUCAAAGUGAAGCGCAUGUAUUAUUGUUAACCAUAAUAGAAAAUAUUUGUGUUUUUAUCUUUUUUA